AUGUCUUGUCUGCUCGACAAUGCCAACCCAGCGAUGAGGACAAGGGCUCAGCGUGCAUCUGAUACACGGCAGAAACAGGUGUCCGCGGAGCCGUGUUGCUUAGAAAGCCAUGUGGAUUACGGGUUCGCGUGGAUCCGGGACAUGGAGGCCACCCAGACGGCAGCGCUCGCAGCCCCCAUCAGCGCAAAGGAGGAUCCAGAUAACCUAUCGAUAUACGCAGGAAUCAUGUGCAAAUAA